AUGGAAAACGUCAGCAGAAAGCGGGGUCAUUGUGUACAACCUUGGGAGGAGUUUGAUAUGAUAGCGGGAACAAGUACCGGCGGCCUUAUAGCUAUUAUGCUGGGACGACUUCGAAUGACCCUUAACGAAUGCGAAGACGCGUACCUCGAGCUUUCUGAACGAAUCUUUACCCCGAAGCGAUCAAAGAUCAAUCCAUGGCGCGCCAAAGAGUUUCUGCAGGCAGAUGGGAAGUUUGAUUACAAGGUACUUGAGAAAGCUAUCAAGGAUAUCAUUGCCCAGAAGCCUGGGUAUGACGAGUCGACACUUUUAAAAGAUCCAGUUCCUCAGUGCAGUGUGUUCGUUUGUGCAACCCGGACCGGGAAUACGGAGGUUGCGAUCUUGAGAUCGUAUGACACAACGGAGCCCAAGCUUCUUUUCGAUGAGUGCAAAAUAUGGGAAGCAUGUCGAGCGACCUCGGCCGCUACAACCUUUUUCGACCCCAUAAAGAUCGGAAAAUAUGGCCAACAAUUUGCGGAUGGUGGGGUUCUCUACAAUAAUCCCAUACAACCAGUCGAACGGGAGGCUUCGGCGAUAUGGCCGGGUUGUAUGGAAAGUGCCGUGAUUGUCAGUAUUGGGACGGGUAGCGCCCCUGGAGGUGCUUUCAAAGGAAACCUAAAGAAAAUUAUCGACGGGAUGAAAAAGAUUGUUACUGAAACCGAAAGAACAGACAAUGACUUCUUCCGGGCUCACCAAGCCAUGUUCGUCCAUAAUCGACUCUAUCGUUUCAAUGUAUUUCAUGGACUUGCGGAUGUCGGGCUAGAAGAAUCGAAGGAGAAAGAAAAGGUGGCGAAUGUGACUCAGACAUUUCUCGAAAGAGCUGAUGUUCAAAACCUAACCAAUACGUGUAUUGGGCAAAUUUGUAAGCCCGCCUCCGCCGGGGAUGGGCCAAGUCCAGUUGAUGCAAGUGAUUCUCAGAAUGUAUACUUGAAACAGGACCUGUCAGAUUGCAUACGGUCGCUGAGCUUUAAGGGCAUCACCAGUCGUCGAAACAAUAUAAGCCUAGCCCACCAAGACACCUGCGGCUGGCUGUUCGAAACCCCGUCAUUUAUGAACUGGAAACAUGGGACUGAUCUCCAAAGCAAUAACGGAGUUCUCUGGAUUAAGGGCCACCCUGGAGUCGGGAAAUCGACUUUGAUGAAGCAUACGCUACUUCACUGCCAAGACAAAUUCAAGGACUAUCACAUCGCGUUUUACUUCUUCAACGCUCGUGGUGGUUCUCUUGAGAAAAGUCCGCUAGGUAUGCUACGCUCGCUGGUGGUUCAGUUACUGGAACAGGACGACUCCUUCCUGCAGAAACAGGUCAUUCCGAACUUUCUGAAGAAGAAAAUAAGGCAUGAAAAAUCGGAAUGGGCAUGGGAGAUUGGAGAGCUUCAGGAAUUUCUCCUACUAGCAUUUAAACAGCGCGAGUGCAAAAACACUUUACUCCUCAUCGAUGCCCUAGACGAAUGCAACGAUUCAGAUGUUGAAAAGGUUGUGGAUUUCCUCGGAGAUCUUAGCGAAAAUGCGAUACAAUCUGGUUCGGGUCUCAGGAUAUGUUUAUCCAGCUGCCAUUACCCAAAUAUCGAUAUGAAGAAGAAAGUCCAGCUGGUUGUAGAGCGGCAAGCUGGGCAUGAUCAAGAUAUCGUCAAGUAUGUCCAGAGCAAACUGAAAGCAACAACCGAGGAUCUCCAGAAGGCAAUUCUCGAAAAGGCACGACAUAUUUUUAUAUGGGUUGUCCUAGUUGUUGAACUUCUGAAUAUAGAGUUCAACAAAGGCAAAAUGAACGCAAUGUGGAAGAAACUAAACGAGAUACCGAGUGAUCUCGAUGAGCUGUUCUCAAAACUUUUGGAAAAGGAGGACUCCGAAGAUGAUAAGAAGACAGCUAUUCUGGUUUUCCAAUGGGUGUUAUUCUCGGUUGAGCCACUUAGUCCAACAGAACUUUACCUCGCUGUGCUAGCAGGAACGGAUCCAGAGGAUAUAGCUGCCUGGGAUCGAUCCCGAGUUGGCGUCGGGACCAUCAAGCGAUUUAUUACUACUGCUUCCCGAGGUUUAGUCGAAAUUGUCUCAAGUCACAACGACCUCAGGGGCGAAGCUCCGAGUCAAGAUAUCGUCCAGUUUAUACACCAGUCCGUAAUUGACUUCCUCACCCGGAAUCAAAGGCUUGUUAAGCUGGAUCCGACACUUAACCCCAAUCCUGUCGGUGCUAGUCAUGCUCGCUUGGCGUCUUGCUGUAUCGUUUAUAUUAUGCAAGAGGAGAUUGAAUCACUCGCAAUAGGCACAUCUUCAGGUAGCUUCUCAGAUGUAUCGAGGGAGGCAAAUCCGAUGCUUAGAUAUUCUUCAAUGUACCUUCUCGGCCAUGCCGAAAAUGCUCAAGCGGGAGGAAUCUCCCAGGUCUCUCUCCUCCAGCGGCUUGAAAAGAGUGGGAAUCAUGAGUUUUUGCGGCCAUUGGAAGUGGAUGCCAAAAAAUCGAGUCAAAGUUUCAAAGGAGCACAGCUACUUUACAAGGCGUCUUAUCAGGGUUGCGAUUACCUUGUCCAAGCUUUACUUCUUGGGCAUGGGUCUGAUGUUAAUACCGAAGGCGGAUACCAUGGCACUGCACUCCAGCCUGCAGCUGCGGAAGGCCGGAAAAGUAUAGUCAGGAUACUUCUCGAGCAAGGGGCCAAUGUCAAUACCCAAGGCGGAGAAUAUAGUACUGCACUCCAGGCUGCAACUGCGUACGGCUGGGCAGAUAUAGUCGGGAUACUUCUCGAGCACGGGGCCAAUGUUAAUACCCAAGGCGGAGAACAUGGCACUGCACUCCAGGCGGCAGUGCUGUUGGGGAUGUCAGAUAUGGUCGCGCUUCUUCUGAACCACGGGGCUAUUACACCUUAG